AUGGGUAAGGGAGGAAUAUCUGGAGAGAACAUGGCAGCGUGGCUGCUUGGCGUGAAUGCUCUUAAAAUUCAACCAUUCCAUCUUCCUUCUCUUGGUAUAUAUAUUCCCCACGAUGUUAGAGUUUGCAUGAAAGCUGUUGGUAUCUGUGGCAGUGAUGUUCAUUACCUCAAGAAUAUGCGAUGUGGAGACUAUGUUGUGAAUGAGCCGAUGGUGAUCGGACACGAGUGUGCAGGAGUCAUAGAAGAAGUUGGGAGUGCGGUAAAAUCAUUAAUGAAAGGCGGCCGAGUGGCUUUGGAGCCUGGCAUCAGUUGCUGCCAGUGCAAUCGUUGCAAGGAAGGUCGUUACAAUCUAUGCCACGACAUGAAGUUCUUCGCUACUCCUCCCAUUCACGGUUCUCUUGCCAAUCAGAUAGCGCAUCCUGCAAGUUUAUGCUUUAAGUUGCCUGAUAAUGUAAGCAUGGAGGAAGGAGCAAUGUGCGAGCCCCUCAGUGUCGGUGUGUAUGCUUGUUUCCGUGCUCAAAUUGGUCCUACAACCAACGUAUUGAUCAUUGGAGCGGGACCUAUAGAUCUGGUUACAAUGCUCGCUGCUCGUGCUUUUGGAGCCCCCAGAAUUGUGAUUGUGGAUGUGGAUGACCACCGCCUCUCUGUUGCCAAAAAUCUUGGUGCAGAUGGAGUCGUCAAAGUUUCAUCAAAUAUGCAGGAUGUGGGUAAAGAAGUAGAACAAAUUCGAAAAGCCAUGGGAGGUGAAGUGAGUGUGACCUUUGGUUGUACUGGUUUUAGCAAAUCCAUGUCGACAGCCUUGAGUGCCACAGCCUCUGGUGGCAAAGUUUGCCUCGUUGGAAUGGGACAUUGUGAAAUGAUCGUCCCGCUCCCUCCCGCUGCUGCAAGGGAGGUUGACGUGGUUGGUAUUUUCCGUUAUAAAAACACAUGGCCAGUAUGUCUUGAAUAUCUGAGCAGCGGAAGGAUUGAUGUGAAGCCGCUGAUAACCCACAGAUUUGGAUUCUCCCAGAAGGAGGUGGAGGAAGCCUUUGAAACGAGUGCUCGUGGUGGCAAAGCCAUCAAAGUUAUGUUUAAUUUGUAGGGUGGCUGAGGAAG